GCUGCAUUAGCUCCACAGCGACCACAUUCAGCCGAGAAAGGACGAAGAGGUGUUGGCCUUGACGUUGGCCGGAUGGUUAAAUCCAACCUCCAGACGAUCCUGAAUAGCCACUGUUUCGUCAGAGAAAAAGAGAGAAAUAUAUCCAAGAUGCCAGUAGCCGAAAUGACCCGCAAUAAACCCGAGAUCGAAAGCCCCCGCCGGUGCCCUCGGUGUUGCAGUAACCCGUGUCCAGGGCCUCUGUGGUGUUCCGAUGCCCCUCACCCACCCCUGAAGAUCCCAGGUGGGCGAGGGAACGAUCAGAGGGAUCACAAUCUUUCAGCUAAGCUAUUUUAUUCAGAUACUCAGUUGCUGGUUCUUGAGGAGCCUCCCCCCUUGAACAGCCGAGUACGAUUUUUGCUCUUUGAGCGGCGUUGCUCCGAGGCUAAGCCGCUUGUAUGGAGGGGGGCACUGACAGGGGCCAAGCUUUACAUCGAGAUUCCCCCUGGAGCCCUUCCCGAAGGCAGCAAGGACAGUUUUGCUCUCUUGCUAGAAUUUGCAGAAGAGAAGCUUCAGGUCAAUCACGUUUUCAUCUGCUUUCAAAAAAACCGUGAUGAUAGAGCAUCGCUGCUGCGGACAUUCAGUUUCUUGGGCUUUGAGAUUGUGAGGCCUGGUCAUUCCCUUGUCCCAUCCCGCCCGGACGCUUUCUUCAUGGCUUACAGCAUCGAAAGAGACUCGGACGACAACGAUGAAUAAUGCUUAUUAACCCCACGCUUUAAUGAUUUGUGCUCGUUCACCUGUAUCAUUGAAGGAAUCCAAAAGAUUAUCAACACACUGCAUUGAUGUUUUCUGUGAAUUACUCUUCAGUAGUUCCCUUAAAAGUUGUGCUGUAUUUCAGUGAUAUUUGAAAACCAGGAUUUUCACUGCAAUCAUUAGGUCAUAAAUCAUCUAUUGGGUCCACCACCUAAAGUAAUUGUUUAAUGCUGGUUCUUCUACUCCUGUUCCCACACAUUGCUUUGUAGAUUGUAAUAUUUAUGGUUAAAAUUCUCAUACAACAAAAAUGUAUGUAAGUAGUUUUCCAGUGCUAUUUCAUGUUUGUUUUGAUUUUUUAAAAAAUUAUUAUUAUUAUUAUUAAUGUGUGCAUGAAUCUUCAAAUUUUUUAUGUUCCAAGUUGGAUUGAUCUGCAUGUUGUGAUGGUGCAGAAUAAAUGUGCUCACCCUG